GCACUUGAACAAUGAACAUGCCCUAGAUGACCGCAGCACUGCUCAGUGCAGGGUCCAGAUGCAGGUGGUUCUACAACUGGAAAUACAGCUGGCGAAGGAGAGCGAGCGACUCCAGGCCAUGAUGACCCAUUUGCACAUGCGCCCGUCGGAGCCAAAGCCUUUUAACCAACCUCUGAACCUGGCAUCCAGCGGCUCUCUGUUGAAGCGGGAGAGCGAGGUCUACCCGGAGGGCCUCCCCCACCCCCCCACCUCAGCUGCCACCCCCAUCACCCCUCUGCGCCAGGGACCCUCGGUCAUCAGCUCCUCCAGUCUGCACACACACCCACACUCGCACACGCACGCCGUCGGGCCCAUACGGAGGCGCAACUCUGACAAGUACUGCACCCCCAUCGCCUCAGAGCUCGCUCAGAACUGUGAGUUCUACAAGAACGCCGAUGUCAGGCCCCCCUUCACUUACGCCUCCCUCAUACGCCAUGCCAUCCUGGAGGCCCCAGACAGACAGCUGACUCUCAAUGAGAUCUACAACUGGUUUACACGAAUGUUUGCCUACUUCAGGAGAAACACAGCCACAUGGAAGAAUGCGGUGCGCCACAACCUGAGUCUGCACAAGUGUUUUGUCCGCGUGGAGAACGUGAAGGGAGCCGUGUGGACCGUGGACGAAGUCGAAUACCAAAAGAGGAGACCACCAAAGAUGACCGGAAGUCCCACCCUGGUGAAGAACAUGAUUUCAGGCUUGGGCUUUGGAUCUCUGAAUGCCAGCUACCAGGCAGCUCUGGCAGAGAGCAGUUUAUCCCUGCUGAACAGCCCCCCGCUGGUGACCCCUCCAUCUGCAGCCAGCCUCAACAUGCUGCACGUGGGCCAUGAUGAUGUCAGCUCCACCGUGGAGCAGGUCAACAGCAACGGCAGCUGCAGCCCUACGCUCAGCCCUAAACAGUACAGCCACCCGGUGCAUGUAAAAGAGGAGCCCACUGAGCUGGAGGAGGACAGUCGACCAGUUUCCCUCCUGACCGGCAUCACUCACAGCCUGCCGUUGCCUAGCGAUGAACGCGACCUGGAGGAGGAGCUUCCCACCGAGGAGCUGGAGUAGGAUUGGCCAAAGCCAGCUGGAGAGGCGGGACUUAGCGGCGCCGAUCCCAAGCCCCCUCGUGUCAACGUGAAGGGGAAGAGAUAGCUACGCUUAAAAGAAAAGAAAGAAGAGGAAAAAAGUAAACUUUUUUUAUUUUAUUUUUUUGUUUUUGUUUUUUUUUUUUUUUUUGUUCUUCUCUUGGAUGAAAAUGCAAGCAACCAACGACAACAUUGAAAAACUCCAAACAGGGUUUAGAUGAGCUUUGUUACUUGUAAAUGCAAAAAUAAGACUGUGGAGCAUCGCUUCAUCUCCAUGUGUUACUUUUGCAGCACUUGGCUCAGAGGUGCAAAGCCACUCGACGCAUACACACUCACACAAACACACGCGCAAACUCUUUCUCACAUUUGCAUAUUUACGUACACACAAGCGUGUCUCCUCAUCCUGCUCCCCCUGAUGAAGGCGACAUCUUUAUUGAGACCCCGGUGGUGUUUGGACACACACACACACAUACACACACUCUCUCUCUGUCUCGUUGUCUAAGGCCGCCUGGCUCCCGUUGAACAGACAUACAUGUGGGGCAUUGUGCCCAGUGCAGAGGAGGGACACCGCCCACCCAGAUCAUGUGUAUAUAGAUACGGAGCAGUCAGCAGGGGCUAUGCAGUAUACCUCUCCUUGUUCUCCCCCCACUUUGAGUCUAUUGCUUUUUUUUAUUUUAUCAAUCUUUCAAUUGCUGGAAAAGAAUCGCUGAGCUUUGAGAUACAAAUGUGGAAGACAGAAGGGAGGAAGGAAAGAAUGGGGGGGUGAGUGCUCUCAAAGAUUACCUCAAAUAUAGCACCCCCCCCCACACACACACACACGUCGGCGGACACCAACCCAAAAACAAGAGAGGGGGGAUCUCCAUAGCUGUGGCCGCGGUCCGGUCCACGCCCGACAUCUUCUGCAAUCAGCAAGACACUUAGAGACGGACACCUUUUUUUUUUUUAAAAUCUUUAACUCUUUCCUUUGUAACUAAGCAAAAAGAGGACUUUUUUCCCUCUACUCCCGCCCCUCCCACCACCCACCUACCACCACCUCCAACGCCAUCCAAAACAAAAGACUGGUUUUUGGUGCUGUUCUUUUCCUCUCCUCCCUCUGCGGAUGGAGUGAUGAGCAUGGGAACACAAAUGAAAGACAAGCGAGGAGGCAGGGAGUGGAAUGAGGGAGGACGCGUCGACAGGGAAAAAAAAAUUGUGGCUUCAAAAAAAAAAAUACAAACUGUUGAUGGUUAUGGAAUAUAACAAAAAAAUGUGUGGUAGCGUUGUGAUUUUUUUUUUCAUUUGAUGUUAUUAUCUUUGUUUAUUUCAGAGGAUCAAAAUUUCCACAGCGGCAUUCUAUUUCAGAGUACUUUUUUUUUUCCUUAAGAAUGCGUCUCUUGUUUUAUCUCUGUAUUUCGAAAACUUUUUAUUUACUCUGCUCGUUCACACCAUUCCAAGUGUUGGCGGAAAAGGAAGCGCAGUAUUGUCCCUACCUUGCCCCACCCCCGUCUAUAUACCCUGCACCCCCUAUACCCCAAGUGUAGCAGGCAAGAAUUUGGAAGUAGCACUUAAAGUUGCAAUUAUCCAGACAGCUCAUUUAAAAAUUGAAAAAAAAGUUUUGUGUUUUGUUGUUUCAGUUUCACCCUCGCUCACUUUUCUUUGGUUGUGUAGUUAGAUGAGAAACAUCAGUAAUGCUUUAAAAAAUAUAUAUAAAUAUAUCUAUAUAUAUAUAAAUAUAUAUAUAUUAUUACUGCGGUCAGAGAAUACCUCAUCCCACAAAGGUUCCGCCUGGAACUGUGUCCAAAUUGCUAAAGAAAUAGAGGGGGAAUUCUUUCUGUGGGACACCUAAUGUGGCAACUCUGCUCAGCUUCGGUUCAAAGCUCUACGGUUGUUAUGGUUACUGUGUAGAGGGUGUCUGCAGGUCACUGUGUGAGUUUGUCUUAAAGGAAUAGCAUGUGAGAUUGGUUUUGGGGUUGUUUUUGUUUGUUUGUUUGUUUCAAGUGAGCAUUACUCUUCUCUACAGUACCAUGCCAAAUUUAUCUUUACUUAUUGAAUUUUA